UAUAAUAUUUUAGUAAUUUAGCCUAGGGAGUAUUCCGAUGACUAGAAUUUACCAAUUGGAAUCUUAUGUUAAUAAAUUUACCUCAUUACACAUUUGGCGCUUUUGUGAAUAUCUCCGCCUGGAAAGGAAAUUCAUAAGAUUUCCGAGGAUAUUUGAGAGGCAAAACCCCUCAAUUGUGUCAAAAGACGCGGUAAACUUACAUGACCAGAACACGGGAUUCACAAACUUCCUCAAAUCCCUCGAUUCACUCGUAACUUCCAGAGAAUUAACUUUAAAUUCAUUUAAUUCCCUUAUAAAUAAGUUUGAACCGUCGAUAGCUGAUGAUAGUGAGCAUCUAUCCCGGGUUCUAGAGUCUUACAGUACUGAGACUCUGUUACUAAUGCUGGAUUCUGUAACUUUUAACCAGUCCCACGUGAGUAGGAAUUUUAACGUGUUUUUAGACAACCUCGCCAAAGUCCUCUCGAAACGCUUUUUUACCCUUGAAAAUGAUCAAUUCGUCGAGAAUUUAAGUUAUACUUUCAACAUAGUAAGGAGAAUUAACCAGAAAUCUGAACCCGUUCAAUCUCUAAUCAACGCUGUGAACAAGUGUUUAAGAGUAAAAGUUGAUUAUUUAAUUGAGAAGGGAAUUUUUACAGAGUCGUUUAGGCUCUGUUGUUACACACUUGAUCCUAAAUCUGUCUACACAAUUGUACACUCAAUUCUACACAAGUUACACCUGUUUACACCUGAAGAUUUCGCAAAUUUACCAAAGUUUUUACUUGAUUUUAAGAUUCGAGACGGGGUUAUUCUGACGAACAUUCUUCAGCACUCUGUUAUCUCACCAAUUAACACGUUUAACUCCGAUUUGUUUGAGAAAUUUGUUAAAAAUAUCUCAAUAUUUGACCAAUUUCAUGAUACCAAGGAGAUUAGUUUCAGGCCAUCCGUAACUUAUCUACAAAUGCUAAGGGAUAAACUUGAUUCUUAUGAUAGGAGGGAAUUAUUUUUUAUCUUAUCCAGCGUUCCUGGGAUUAAUUUUGAUAAACUUGCGAGAAAACGGUGUAAGGAAUUGGUUAGUCAAAUUCUUGAAAGAAUUGGAGUAUACAAAGGUAAUAAAUUUAACACUAUAGCACACUUGGAUAAUGAGGAACUUGUUAGCCUAAUUAAGUACCUAAAUAAAGCCAAUUUUGCACAUCAAUCAGGUGAUAACUUUAUCAAGUCACUACUCAAUCCACAAAGUGAUGCAGAAUUGACACUAGCAGACUCCACACAGAGUGAACAGAGUGAACAGAAUGAACAUGAACAGUUGAUUGGAAAUGAAUUUGGUAAGGAAUUGUCUGAGCGGUUCGUUAAGGAGAUUUCACAAGCUUCAAAAUCCCCCGACUUUUGUGAGACCUUUAAAAAUUUUAAAGCCGUAGAGUCUUUAUUAUUUCUGUUGGACAGGUUAAUGAUUUCAGGCGUUGAUAAGUUUUAUACAGACAGUUUACUAGUGUCAUUUAAGAGCAUUUUGUCAAUGUUGUCCAGUUGUGUGGAGUCAAAUAUUUUACCCUUUUUCACUAAUAUUUCCAGGUUAAACAUGGAAUUACUAACUGAAAUAUCGAGGGAAAUGUAUAAAAUUGGUAAUCCUAGGGACCUGAGAGUGUUUGAAAAGGGUUUAAGAUUUAAGCUGUUACACCUUAAAAGGAACCCAGACCCCUUGGAAUAUUCCAAUACUAUCACUGAGCUAGGCGAAUUUUACGCCUUAAAAGGUGAAGUUAGUAGCGAAAACUUUAAGCUAAUUCUCAAAGUUUUGGACUUAAUUCAAAGAUUCUCAAGUUUAGCACAAGAGUUUAAAGAGUUUAAAGAGUUUAAAGAUUUUAAGGAAGAGUUUAAAGAGUCUAAGAAAGAGUUUAAAAAAGAGAUUAGGGAAGAGUUUGGUCAGUACGGGGCUGAUUUCGAAGCUUCUUUUGAUAAAUUCUUGAGUUUGGCGCGUGAGUUUGUGGAAAAAGAUCCCACGUUAAUUAACUUUACAACUUGGAAACUACUGUCUAAAAUCGCUGGAAACUCAAAAUUUAAGCCUAAAAUCGAUCAACUAACUCGUCUCAGUGUUACAGAACUGAAGCUGCCACAGCUGUUUGGACUCUUCAUGUACAAUCUUAAAACUGCAAAAUUGAGUUGUGAAGAUUCGAAUUUGAACAUAAAUUCUCCAGAUUUAAACCCACUUGAAUCGGUGAAGGAUCAAAUUUCUGAGAAAUUGGAACGUCUGGUUCAAAUUCUACAGGAAAAGUUUACGCAACGGGUUUGUGUAACUGAUGGUGAGAUUAGGAAAAUUAACCCUUGGAUGAGUGAAAAAGGCGUAAAAUUACUCUUCAAAAUGCCUACCGAACCCUUAGACAUGUUCCUAUACGAAAAAUGCCCAGAAAUUAAUCAAAUAUUCAAUCUUAAUACACAAGGGUUAGCAGAUUCAACACACGUGUCAUCACAUGUUUCAUCACUCUAUGACUUAAAAAUGUCCUUACUAGUCAUGAGUAAACAGUUGAUUCAGGAGGAACUAACACUUAAUCAGAGUGAAUAUGAUAACAUAAGGCAAAUGGUGGUAGAAUUGGGAACAAGGGUAAGGAGAGCGAUUUUGGAGGUUGAGAUGUGCAGGCCAAUUUCGAGGAACAUUUUUUUACCAAAAACUCACACUAAACAAUUGAUAAAAUUAAGUUUAAAUCGUUUCUGGCGUAAAAAUGGAAAUUCGGAAAAAUUCUCAAAAAAUUCAUCUCAUCCUUCCUAACCCACCAACAAUUUUAUCCAACACAAAUCUUUUUACCCAAAAAUAAAUAUUUU